AUGUGGCUGCUUCCUUUUGCAGCCUUGGCAUCUGCUUUGCAGGUUCAUGAUGUGUACCAAGCUCCAGAAUGCUCUCGACAUCCGCCUGGAAAGCAUGUCAUCAAACUGCCAGAUGUGCAGCGGCAAUUUCUUUUGGUGGUGCCAGAGGAGUAUGCACCCGUGCAGGCUUCUGGCAUUCCAUUGGUUUUAGCUUUUCAUGGCUUCUCAGACUCGCCGUGGUACCUAGACUUGCAUAUGGAAUUCUCCAAGCAAAUCAAUCGAUACGGCUGGUUAGGAAUUCUGCCUUUUGGCUUGAAUGAAAGUGGAACCAAUGGUUUGGAUGGAGUUGGCGCCUGUUGCCCGGAAGAUUGUCAGGGGGAGUGCUGUGCCAACACGCCUCAACUGCGGCAAAAAGACUCGACUGCUUGUGGCUGGAAGGACAAUCAAAGAGACAUGAAGUUCGUGGAAGCUAUAUUGAAGUGGACUUCCCAAAACUCUUGCAUUGAUCCGAGCAAGGUAUUUGCCGCCGGCUUUAGCAAUGGAGCAGUCUUUGUCAACUACUUAGCAUGUCACGCAAACCAUUUCAUACGAGGCUUUGCCCCGAUAUCGGGGGACAUUCCUCAGCUGGACUGCCACAUUUCCAACCCGAUCUCCUACAUCAGCAUGUGCGGGACGCAGGACGACGAAGCAUUCUGCCAACAUACAAUCCAGAUGAGCGCAGAGCUUUUAAGCGCACUGAAUCAUUGCUCCGGUGCGGGACCAGACGGCACUGCGGUGACAUACAAGAAGUCUGCGACGACAUCUUGCAAAGCUUGGGAUGCUUGUCCGAAGGACAACUUUGUGGAAGUGUGCCAGACAGAAGGGCUUGCGCAUGAUGUGAGUGGCCACUUGCGCCCGGACAACACCAGCUACCUUCGACCCGGCAGCGACUUAGACAUCACGGAAUACAUCUUCCAGAAAUUCUCACAGCUGGUGAAUGGCAGCAUGCUAUUUUGGGGUGAGCCCACAGCCGAGCAGCUCCGCUACAAGGAGUCCAAGUCUAAGCGAGCCUUGGAGCUCAUGAAGGCUGCUGUGGAAUGGAAGUCGUGGGACGAGCUCCAGACCUUGUCCAAGGCCUUCCAGGGCUAUUUGGAGGAGACAGAAAUGAUUGGAAAUGCAGAGCUCAUUCAUGCAAGCAAUGUGGACUUGCGACAUCAGCUCGAAUUUGAUGCGCGCCAGUUUGUUGCACUGCUUCAGAGGCAGAAAUGCAUCGAGGAAGCUGAUCAAACACCUCCGAAAGCAGAGUCCCACGACGAGCAAAAGAAUCCUCCGAGCCGCGAGGAUAGCAAUGGGCGGAAGGAGGCCCUUCUGGUCUUGUCCGCCCUCGCAGAUUUGAAGAAGAAGCUCAUGCCUCAGCUGCCUUGUGCACUCAUGUAUCCAGAAGACUUGACAAUCAUGGGCCAUGAUAGCUUCGACCUGAGUCUGGGUGCAUACGUCAAAGAUGCUGGCGUUUGUUUGUGGUCUGAGAUCGUUGUGCGAGGUUGCAACUUUGCUCGGCAGCCAGGGUUGGGUGCCCAGUUGGCAAGGGUCCACUGUGAAUAUUCCAUAUAG